AUGGCAGCAGGGCAGCCCCACCUGGGCAUCCCGACGCCGGAGCGGGAUGCGAACGGCGUCCCCAGCAUCAAGUCCCCUCCCGCCUCGGCGGGCAGGGCAGGGAGCCUGCUCACCUUCCACAACAUCUGCUACCAGGUGCAGGUGAAGACCGGGCUCCUGUGCUGGAAGAAAAAAGCCCAGAAGGAGGUUCUGAGAGACGUCAGUGGCAUCAUGAGACCAGGCCUGAAUGCCAUUUUGGGACCCACGGGCAGCGGGAAAUCCUCUCUGCUUGACAUCUUGGCAGCAAGGAAGGAUCCCCACGGGCUUUCUGGUGACAUUCUGAUCAAUGGAGCUCCUCAGCCUGCCAACUUCAAGUGCACCUCUGGAUAUGUAGUACAGGACGAUGUGGUGAUGGGGACCCUGACUGUGAGAGAGAACCUGAAGUUCUCAGCAGCCCUUCGUUUGCCAAGGGCAGUGAAGGAGCACGAGAAGAACGAGCGAGUCGACCAGAUCAUCAAGGAACUGGGCUUGAGCAAAGUGGCAGAUUCAAAGGUUGGCACCCAGUUCACCCGCGGCGUGUCCGGAGGGGAGCGGAAAAGGACCAACAUUGGGAUGGAGCUCAUCACGGAUCCUGGCAUCUUGUUUCUGGACGAGCCAACCACAGGACUGGAUGCCAGCACUGCUAACGCUGUCCUGCUGCUCCUGAAAAGGAUGGCACAGCAAGGGAAAACCAUCAUCUUCUCCAUCCACCAGCCCCGCUACUCCAUCUUCCGCCUGUGCGACGGGCUGACGCUGCUGGCAGCAGGCAGGGUGUUGUACCACGGGCCAGCCCAGCAAGCCCUCAGCUACUUCCAGUCUAUUGGAUACCAGUGUGAGCCCUACAACAACCCUGCUGACUUCUUCCUGGACGUCAUCAACGGGGACUCCACGGCUGUGGGCAAGGCUGGUGGACCCACCACAGCAGGGAGCGCCGAGGGGAGCGCGGGAGGCGAGAGAACCUUGGCUGAGAGCUUGGCAGAGAAAUACUCCAGCUCUGCCUACUACCAAGAAACAAAAGCAGCACUGGAGAACAUUCCCGUGGGAAAGAGGAGGAAAACCAAGGCAGUCUUCAGGCAGAUCACCUAUGCCAAUUCCUUCUGCCACCAGCUGAAGUGGGUGUCCAGGCGCACCUUCCGGAACCUGCUGGGAAACCCUCAGGCAUCAGUAGCUCAGCUCUGUGUCACUGCUUUCCUGGGACUCGUCGUGGGCUGCAUCUUCUUUGGGCUCAAAGAGGACUCCACUGGGCUGCAGAACAGGGUGGGUGUCAUGUUCUUCCUGACCACCAACCAGUGCUUCAGCAGCGUCACGGCCGUUGAGCUCUUCGUGCUGGAGAAACAGAUCUUCAUACACGAAUAUAUCAGUGGGUACUACAGAACGUCUGUGUAUUUCAUCUCCAAGCUGAUGGCUGAUCUGAUACCUGUAAGGACCAUGCCAAGCAUCAUCUUCACCUGCAUCAUUUACUUCAUGUUGGGCUUGAAACCGACAGCAGGAGCCUUCUUCACCGUGAUGUUCACCCUGAUGAUGGUGUCCUACACAGCCACCUCCAUGGCCCUGGCCAUUGCAGCAGGACAGAGCGUGGUCUCUCUGGCCAACCUGCUCAUGACCAUCAGCUUUGUCUUCAUGAUUCUCUUCUCUGGGCUGCUGGUCAAUCUCACAAGCAUCCUGUCCUGGCUCUCCUGGCUCAAAUACUUCAGCAUCCCUCAAUAUGGAAUGACAGCUUUACAAAUCAAUGAGCUGACUGGCUUGAUCUUCUGUGACAGCACCAACAGGACAGAAGUGGGCAGUGGUGGCAACUCCUCACAGACCAGCCAGUCGUGUGUGACAGGAGAAGAGUAUCUGAAAAAACAAGGAAUUGAUGCAAGUAGCUGGGGCCUGUGGCAGAACCACCUGGCUCUGGCCUGCAUGACAAUACUCUUCCUUGCCAUUGCCUACCUGAAGCUGCACCUCAUGAAGAAGUUCUCUUAA